AUGUCUGCCGGAGAGCUUAAUUAUGCUAACAACUUCCAUCAGUUAUUUAAUACUGGAAGACUCACGGGAUUUAAAAUAGAAUUAAUAUUAUUUGCAGCCAUGGUUAUUAUUAUUAAUAUCGCAUUUUCAAAUUUACUGAUUGGUCUUGCGGUAGGUGAUAUUAACGAAGUCAGGGAAACCGCUAGUUUAAACCUAGCUAAAAGUCAAUAUGAGUCACUUAUUGGAAUUUACGAAUCAUAUUCAAUAUAUCUGAGGAAGAUUUUGUAUAGUCCAGGAUUAAUCGUCAGAAAAGAUAAAAAUUCGAGUUAUUUGCAAAAGCAAACUUGGCAUUCUUUAACCGAUAAUAUAGCAAUGAUUCAAGAAGAAAAAGAUCAUGUUAAUCCAGAAUUUGAUUGGAGAAGUUUAAACGCUUUCGUUCUAAGGCAACAAACAGAAAUAAGUCUACUAAAAGAAUCAAUCGAAGAUGUAAAGUCAGACAUUAAAAUGAUUAGCUAUUCGAAUCAUUCUGAAACCAAUAAAUUGAUUAAGCAAGUUUUGGAUAUGUUACAAGCCAAUGGUAAUGAAAAGGUUGCUGCCACCAGUGCUAACUGA